AUGACACUGGUAAAAGCUUUCGAAAGCAAUUUCGUUUUUUAUUAUCACGCUAAUCCUUCAGUGGAGAUGAUUUAUUUCUUGAUUUUUCUUCUCGAUGAGAAAGAACAAGUAAAUCCUGAAAGCUUUCUAUACGAGUUCAUGAUAAAAUCACCAAAGGAGAAUCACUGGAAGACGAAGUACGUUGAGAAAUGUUUUGUUCUGAACGAUGACAUCACACAUUUGAGAGAUAACGAGCUUUGUGCCGCAAUUACUUAUCGUUCGAUUCAGAAGUAUUUGUAUGAAGGUCACAUACAUUUUUCAUUUUUAAUUAAGAAGACUUCUAAGGAUCUAAAUGUGGCUAUUAAAGCUUCUGAGGGAAGUAAAAAGGAGACUGGGAAAAAGAAGCCAAAACCCUAUAAGGCUGAUAACAAAGGUUGUUUAAAGGGGAACAAUGUAAGGAAAGCACCAUCCAUACCUGACGUUAAGCCUUCCGCUGCCGAUAUAAUAAAGAAAGAUAUUGUUGUUGAAGUUGAUUCUUCAAAAAACCAACCGCCUGACUACUCGUCAAUCAACAGACAUAACAAUGGUAAACAAUUCGCCUCUCCAGUCCAUGCCACAGAAGCAAUGAAAAGAAACGAUGUUGAGCUCCUUCUACUUCAACAAGGUGGAACACGAACCGAUGAGUGCUAUCAUUUUCCAAACAUCAUGUGCCAAUCAUAUAAAAGCCCCGACCAUAAACUCUACAGGCAAAAAUAUCCUUCGUGCUGUUUAAGCAAACCCAUUUUAAAGAAGUGAUGAGAAUUGGACCGGAAUAAAAAGGACCGAAAAUUUUCGAAUAAAAAGCUCUCCAUUAAAAAGCUGUGAACGGA